GAUGUUCAAACUUGUUAGCUGAAAUCAAAUGGACUCUACGUCAAGUUAAGGGAAAAAAUUAACAUAAAUUUAAAUCAAACCACGUUUUCUAUAUUCAUGUUACACACAAUCAGAGACGAUGGAUGCUAUAUAAGGAAAGCCAAGUGCUGGACCCUCUCCCCCACAAACACAAAAUGGAGAAGCUGGCAAUCACCCAUUUCUUGUUCUGCACUUUCUUUCUUCUUCUUGCUUUGAAUUCAUACAUAGCAACAUCUCAAGAAGUUGAUGAUGAGAGAGAAUUUGAUUAUGGUGAAAGAAGCAAGAAGGGACCAGCUCGAUGGGGAGAGCUUCACCGGGAAUGGAGCCUGUGUAAAAAUGGAUCAAUGCAGUCUCCAAUUGAUUUGCUGGAUGAGAGAGUUGAAGUUGUUUCCCAUUUAAGGAGACUUCAGAGGAGUUACAGUCCCUCCAAUGCCACUCUUACCAAUAGGGGCCAUGACAUGAUGCUGAAAUGGGAUGGCGGUGCAGGAUAUAUUGAAAUAAACGGAACUAAAUAUGUACUCAAACAGUGCCACUGGCACUCGCCUUCUGAACACACCAUCAAUGGCCAGAGGUUUGCUCUGGAGGCGCACAUGCUUCAUGAGAGCUCAGAUGGAAAAAUUUCUGUUAUUGGAAUCUUGUACAAGAUUGGACGCCCUGAUUCUUUCUUAUCAUCUAUGAUGGAUCAUUUAGCAGCCAUUACCGAUACUAGAGAAGCAGUGACUGCCGCGGGUAUUGUCAACCCAAAGAAUAUAAAGAUAGGCAGUAGAAAGUAUUAUAGAUAUCUUGGCUCCCUUACAGUUCCCCCAUGUACUGAAAAUGUUGUGUGGACUAUGGUCAAAAAGGUGAGGACUGUUUCACAAGAACAAGUCAAGUUGCUUCGUGUAGCCGUUCAUGAUGAUGCAGAAACUAACGCAAGACCAUUACAACCAAUAAACAGGCGCCCAGUGCUUCUUUAUAGACCAAGUGAAAGCAAAGAGGAUUGAUUAAAAUUCAAUGAUUUUACAUUCUUUUAGAAGUGGCAGAAAUAUAUAUGUUGGUGGUUGAACCAAUUAUAUAUCUUCAUCACCACAUUUACUUGCUCCUUAAUUAGGCCCUUGAUUACCUUGUACUUUUCAGUCGUACUCUAUGGUUCUCCCCUUUAUAGUGAACAUGUUGGGACAUGGUGAUGCUUUGAUGUACGUAGGAUACUGUGUCCUUGUGUAUUCAGGUAUUCAUAUAUA